AUGUGCACACCAUUCUGCCUGAGCAAGAAUAACGAGCAUGCAUUAUCUUUGGCUGAAGACAUUUUAUCUGCUUUGAAACAUCCACACAUUGUAACUUAUUAUGAAUCAUUUUUUGACCAAGGAUCACACCUUUGUAUUGUACAGGAUUACUGUGAUGGUGGUUCUUUGGAUGAAAAAAUCGAUACUGCCAGAGCAGGUGAAACAUUCCUACAAGAACAUCAAGUGAUGGAAUGGUUUAUACAGAUUGCCAUGGCUGUACAGUAUAUUCAUUCUAAAAAGAUACUACAUAGAGAUCUCAAAACACAAAAUGUCUUCCUCACAAAAAAAGGUGUAGUAAAAUUAGGUGACUUUGGCAUUGCUAGAACAUUGGACUACACUAUUGACAAAGCUAGUACAUGUGUUGGUACUCCAUGUUAUCUUAGUCCAGAAUUAUGUCAAGAUAUCCCAUACAAUAAUAAAUCUGAUAUCUGGGUAAGUCAGAUUGCCAGUGCAAUACUUGCCAUGCCGUUUGUACAAAAAUGCUUGACUUCAUUUAUUGAAGAGAGGCAAGAACUGUUACAGCAGCAAAAGAAACCGUCCAGACCACAUUCAAGUGAAGGGCAUUGUGGGAGUGGAGAUGCUGGUAAUGUAUCUGAGUUGUCCAUGGAUGUUACAAGUCUUGAUGUGACGGCCAAUAGUGAGAAUCUGUCUGCCAGCAGUAGCCCAGUGACUGGUCGUAAGUUAGCACCUCGUGAUUCUGGUGAAUAUUCUGAUGAUUUUACAAGCUCUGAUGAAGAUGAUGGUAAAGACAGUUCAGAAGAAGUGUGUGAAGUGGUUAUUGAUGAUGACAUUCCUGUAAUUGUUGUACAUUCACCAAGAACUAUAGUGUUAGGCAAUCAUGGAUUACCUGCUGUACAUAUGGAAAAGGAAAUAGAUUAUGCUGAUGACUUUGAAGAAGAGUUGGUCGAGUCAGAUCCUGAGCCUGAUGACACCCACCACAGCUGUACAGAUAGUUCACAUAUAAAUAGAGGAAUACAAAUUGUUUAA